GAGCUGAUCGAAGCAGGGGCUGAUGUGAACGUGCGAGCAACGUUGAAGAGUAGGUCAACUGGCAACACCGUCUCAGAUAUCACUCCUCUUCACGUGGCCGCUAAGGAAGGUCACACACCGGUCGUCGCGGAGCUCAUAAGGGCGGGCGCGGAUGUGAACGUCCCGAGUUCGGAUGGCGCUACGCCACUUAUGUGGGCCGCCAGCAACGGGCAUGAAGCUUGUGCAUUGGCGCUUAUCCAGGCCGGCGCCGACGUCAACCCCAAAGGUGGGGGUUGGACGCCGUUGUCUGCAGCCAUCGAGGACAAGCACGAGAAGGUCGUAAAGCUGCUGAAACACUUUGGGGCGCGUUGA